AUUAAAUUAGGCAUUGCUCAAAUUUUCCCAAAAAUUUGCAGCUUGAUGUCACAUGGUCAAUUUCUUCUCAAAUUUGUAAUUGCUACAGUUUUAAAUUUUACAAGGACUCAAACUUAAAUGAAUCCGAAUUGAAGCCCUAACAAUGGAAGCCCUGGACCCAGCUACCCCUUCUUCUUCUUCUUCCUCGAAAGCCAUAAAUAUUGAUUUUAGAAGCCCUGUCUCGACUCCUUCCCCUCUAGCACCAUCAGUAGCGAGGCUGUGGAGGCCAGCCGCUCAGCGAAAUCUCCGAAACCAGUGGUCAAAGCUAUCUGCUUUAAGGCAACAAUGGAACUCUUCUUCUUCCACUGGACGAUCUCUUGCCACCUCUCUUGUCAACACUUACUUUUCUGAGAAAUACAUGCCCUCAAUGGAGCUGGGUGCUCUAAGUGAUAUACCUGAUAUAAGAAAGAAAGCUUCUUCGAAAUUGUUUAAGCAGCAGGAGCAUUAUAGGAGCAAAUUAUUGCCAUCAUACAAAAAAUUGGUUGCUGCUGUAACUCAGAUGAUCAAAGUCAGUAAAUCCAUGAGAUGUUAUCUCAAAGGGACAAGUAACACUCCAAUCGUAGAAUUUUCUGGCUGUUCUGAGGAUAUGAAUGAUUUAGGAGAUGGUGGUGGAAUCCUAGUCUUUUCAUUUCGGUCAAUCUCUUGUUUUGAGAAAUUGUCUGAGGAGCUUGUUCAGAUGUUUAUACUUGAAUUAAAUUUGAAGCGCUUCCUUGUUGUGGAAUUGUUAUCUCUCAGUUGUGAAUCUUCAACGGUCAAAAGGUUCAAUUGGUCAGAUGAGCUCUAUCCAGGAGAAUUUGAUGAUCUGAGUGUUUGUACCUUGUAUUCUGGGAAAGCAUCUGGGCCAGUCCAACCACGAUUGCUGAUCUCAAAGUUGGAUGUCUCAUCUUCACGUUGUAAUCGGCAGUUGAAUCAUGAUACUAUGCAGGUUUACCUUACAACAUGGCUUGCCGGGGUGAACAUAGAUUCUCACAGGGUGGAUGAGAUAUUUGCUGAAAUCGGGGAGGAAAUGCAUGUAAACAUUUUAUAAGCUGGUUUUGGAUGCUGAAACAUCAAAUUUUUAGCACUCUUUCUGGAGGAAUCUUUUUACAAAGAACGGGUAUUUUCACAAGAAACUGAAGCACCAGUUUUGCAAUUUGAUACAUAAGAAAGGGAGAAUUAGCUAACAGUGAAACUGUUCGGUAUGUCUCUGCAAUUUUUUUUUUCUUCAUAAACUGAAGCACCAGUUUUGCAAUUUGAUACAUAAGAAAGGGAGAAUUAGCUAACAGUGAAAUUGUUCAGUA